GCCGGAAGCGCCCGCCGGCCGUUGAGGCGGCGGCUUCGCUGUGGCGGCGGCCGCCCGCCAUGGCGCUGCCGCUGCCCCUGCCCGAAGCCGCGGCCGUGCUGGCCGCCCUCCUCCUUCUGCUGAUCUGCACGAUCGCUCAUGUAACUGCCAGAAAAAUGCCAACCCUUCACCGGCACGAAGAAGAGAAAUUCUUCGUAAAUGCUGAAGGGAGGAAAGAACCUGUACCAAGUAUACACGAUCCCCCUACAAGGGAACUCUCUGUUGUUGUGCCUUCGUACAAUGAGGAAGACCGGUUGCCCCUUAUGAUGGAUGAAGCUUUGAAUUAUCUAGAAAAAAGACAGAAACGAGAUCCUUCAUUCACUUACGAAGUAAUAGUUGUUGAUGAUGGCAGUAAAGAUGAAACUACAAAGGUUGCAAUGAAGUACUGCAAGAAAUAUGGAAGCGACAAAGUGCGAGUGCUUUCUUUGGUAAAAAAUCGAGGGAAAGGAGGAGCAGUCAGGAUGGGUGUCUUUAGUUCUCGGGGGAAAAAAAUUCUUAUGGCUGAUGCAGAUGGAGCUACAAAAUUUGAAGAUAUUGAAAAAGUAGAAGAAGGUCUAAAAAAUCUUCAGCCAUGGCCUAACCAGAUGGCUAUUUCCUGUGGUUCUAGAGCUCAUCUGGAGAAGGACUCAAUAGCAAAGGCAGUAGUUGACAAAGCACAGGCAUGGAACUUGUAUUGCAACAGACGCAUUGCUGGACUAAUUUUUUCAGCAUCAUUGGAUGUGCUCAUCAUGUUGAAUGUUCUCAAGAUGGUUCUUCUUCACCAAAAGAACCAAAGAAUCCACACCAGAUCCACCAUUAACCUUGGGCUAAAGCACUUUUCUGAGAAGCACAAGCUAUGAAUUUGAAUUUCCUUGAGCCAAAGGCUAUAUUGCAUAAUAAGCUGAGCAUCUCAUUUUUCAAGUGAGGUUUGAAAUUAUUAGCUUUAAAGGCAUGUCUUAUCACCCAGAGAUGCUUACCAGUUAAAUUGUUGGCUCCUAAAGGUUUUGCAUGGUAUUUGGUUUGCAGUCUUCGUUUGCACCUAAAUUCAGCUUAAGACCAGCAGUGAGUUCAGAAGCUGUUUGUGGAUCAGAGUUCUAGUUGUUCAGCAGCUGUCUUGAUUAAAAGACUAGAAGGGCCCUCUGCAAACUCAGAAUCCAGCCUCUGGAUUCCAUGGACAAGCUUACCUGUAUGAUUAUGAUGUCAAGAACAAAAGUGUAACCAAAGAGUAGGCUGGGAGAACAUUUACCACGAACAUAAAAUACAUUUGUAUUUUUUUUUGUAUUGCAAAAGAACAAGAGAGAUGACUCUGUAACAUUGCUGGAAAUAUAAAAAGAAAUAUUUUCUUGCACAGCAGCUGUUACUUUAGUCCUGUUUUCACUUGGUCCAUCAUAUGCUGCAAAAAAGUGCAUUCUCUAAUUGCAUUCCCUUAAGUGCCUUAACAUGGUGUGUGCAAGCUCUGGAGAUCAUGCGGUCUUGAAUGAAAGAAGUGGGUGGCAAACAAGAGAUGCUCCCAUUUGGGUUUUUUUAUAAUAUAAAACUUUUUUUUUUUUCCCCCCUCAUUUUUGUGUCAGAGUAGCAGCUGGAACCUGUUUAGUUUUUAGUGUGUGUUCUUAAGAAUAGUACUCUCUAGGCAGUCCUGCUGGCUUAUUCUCCAUUGUUUGUCCUGGUAACUUUUGAAUUUGUUGGACCUGUUCAACCAAUUUUUAGGAAAACAUGAGGACUAGAUAGAGGGGAAAAAAAAUAGCUUGUAAGUGUCCAGUGGAAUAGAGCAUGUAGCAUGCCAUACCCCUCCUCCUCCACUCUUCUUUUCCUGGGGGAAUUGCCAGAGAACCACGCAAAAGGUACUAUGGCUGUCCCACUCAUUAAUUGAACUCCAGGUGCAGGUUCCUGCGCCACUUAAUAAGGCAUUAUCCAGAAUGAAAAGCUGCUCUGAAUUAGGGAAAGCAGAAAAAAGAACUUGGGCUUCUCGUAUCUUAGGCCAGCGUCCUAACCAUGUGCUUGACUGGCAAGUCUUUCCUUUUCAGCUGUAAUUUUGUUUCACUGUAACAAUUGAAAAGUUCUGGUUUUAUUCCAGUGCAAAACAAAAACAGUUUACAAACUUUGAAAGCUAUCAUGAAACAGGAUUUUUGUCCCAUAAGCCAGCUCUGUUCAAACACUUCACUCAUCACAUAAAUGAAAUCAUCUAACUUCU